CAUAAUCUACGGUUCCGCCGCACGAGUCCGACUUCCUUCAUCCUCCGGCAAGCGAAGGAAAAGAAAGGCAAACGACUUCGCCGCCUCGCAGCCGGCGCUAUGCAGCUAAACACCGCCAGCUUCAGCUGGUCAGUCUGGGUCUCCUCACCACCGGCCACCCUUUCGACGGGAAACCUCACGGAAGCGAGAGCUGACUCUGGAACCCCGUUUAUCACCACCGUCCAAUGCUCGAAACGAAACACCCAAUUGGUUCGUACGGGGCUCCAGAAGCCAAUCAAGAAGACUUUAUCCAACAUUCUGAGGACCGAGGCCGCCAUUAAAGCUAUAGAGCAAAAGGCCAACUCCAACAAGCACAACACACUCUGGCCCAAGGCUGUUUUGGACGCUCUUGACGACGCAAUUAGCGACGACAGCUGGGAGUCUGCGCUUAAGAUUCUAGGGCUGCUGCGAAAGCAGCAAUGGUACGAACCCAGAAGUCGAAUCUACUCUAGAUUGAUGAUGAUGCUGGGAAGAUGUCGGCAGCCAGAGCAGGCUAGCUUGCUGUUUGAGAUGAUGCGCUGUGAUGGGCUGAAACCUACCAUAGAUGUCUAUACAGGUCUUGUCAGUGCAUAUGGCCAGAGUGGCCGUUUUCAAGAGGCAUUUUCAAUCAUUGAUGAGAUGAAAUCCGUCUGUGACUGCAAACCAGAUGUAUAUACUUACUCAGUUCUGUUAAAUAGUUGCACUAAGGUCCACAGAUUUGAUCUGAUUAGAAGAAUUCUUGAUGAGAUGUCUUACUUGGGAAUUGAAGCCAGCACCGUAACGUUUAAUACGAUCGUUGAUGGGUAUGGUAAGGCUGGUAUGUUUGCUGAGAUGGAGAAUUCAUUGGCGGAAAUGCUUGAGAAUGGCUGCUCGGUUCCAGAUGUUUUCACCUUAAAUUCUGUCGUUGGGGCAUAUGGUGGAAGUGGCCAGAUUGAGAAGAUGCAGGAGAAGUACGAUGAAUUUCAGUUAAUGGGUAUAAAUCCAGACAUCAAGACGUUUAAUAUAUUGAUCCGGUCGUAUGGGAAAGCAGGGAUGCACAAGAAGAUGAUAUCUGUUUUGAAGUUUAUGAAGAAGAGGUUCUUUAGUCCAACAAUUGUGACACAUAACGUUAUCCUUGAGACUUAUGGAAAGGGUGGUUAUAUUUAUGAGAUGGAUCAAUAUUUCAAGAAUAUGAAGCACCAAGGCGUAAAGCCUAACAGUAUCACCUAUUGUUCUCUUGUCAGUGCUUACAGCAAAGCUGGGGAUAUGAUGAAGGUUGAUUCGAUUUUGAGGCAGGUGGAGAAUUCUGAUGUACUUCUCGAUACCCCUUUCUUUAAUAGUGUCAUCAGUGCGUAUGGUCGUGCUGGAGAACUGGACAAGAUGGAAGAGUUGUUCUCUGCUAUGGAAGAGAAAAACUGCAAGGCUGAUUACAUUACUUAUGCUACCAUGAUCCAGGCCUACAAUGAUCAAGGAAUGACAAAAGCUGCAGAAAAUUUGGAGAAGAAGAUGCUUGCAGCCAGGAAAAGUUCAGGUUCAAAGCUUCUCAAGGAAUAGAGUACGAGUUAAUGAGAAGACUUAUAUUUUAUGGAAACAGCUUCACAAGUGUACAUUGUGAAUGAUUAUCUAACUGCUAUACCAGAUAUCUAUACCAUACGACAUUUGGGAAAUUGCCCUUCGAUGCAGCUGCAUUUGUGUCGGUGAUGCUGGACGAAGAACAGUAAUAGGUUGUUACAUGAGACAGAGCUUGAGCUGUGAGAAUACUUGAAUGCUGAGCAGUUCUUCUUGUAUUGAACAUAGCUAGAAGCUGCGGGACUGAUUAUGAUGCUUCUCUGUAUUCAGGUUCAUGCAGCCACGUGGACCUAAAAUAGCUGAAUUCAACCAACAGGCAGAGAAGACUGAAAGCAUGUUGGCCAGAAUAGCAGAGGAGGCUGUAGCUAGUCUCAAGGAGCUCGAACCUCAUUACUACUCUUCGUCACAGAGAGAGCACAAAAAAAAGCUUGGAGCUUUGAACUCACUAGGUGUUCAACUAUGUACCAUUCUGUAACUUUUAUAUUAGGAUCUCAACAUUUUGCUGUUUGGAUUUUGUAUAUGUUUGAUCGCAACUUUGAAACGCAAAAUGAGAAAUUCCUCUCUUCCCACCA